AUGAGUGUUUCCUUGUCUCUAACUGUAUUUGUGCUUCUUUUUGGAUCAGUGGUUUGCGUACCAGUAAACAAUGAAGUCGACGAGGAAUUCAGUCCGUACCACGGCACAUGCGUCAAAGUCCUUGAUACUCUUCAACAAACUAUUGCAAAACGAGAUGCAAGUCUAAUCAUGGACCUUUUCCCAGAGGAGUUUUUUUUACUUGGGAUGCAAUUCGACUCUGUUGCGGGAUCGAUACGCUCAAUCGAUGUCCGUUCUUCCCAAAGAGAUGACUGUGUCCUUCCACCCUCGAUAUCACAUUGCUGUUGGUACCCUGGUCGCUUGCCACGCGGAUAUGGCUGUUGA